UUGCGUCAUUUCCGUUAGUUCUAACACCGCGCCACCCGAGGAAGCAAGCAGAUAAACAACAGCGUCUCGACAACGAAAGUUCUUUGUUCAUCUUCAGCUCAAACCUUAAACUCCACGAUGUCCGACAAGAUGAGUAUGUCUCUGGACGAUAUUAUCAAGUUAAAUAAGAAAGGUGGUGGAGGUGGCGGAGGCGGCGGAGGAAGAUCAUCCGGGCAGGGUGGAAGUUCUGGUCGGGCCGGUGGCUCUUCAAGGCCGGCGAGGAGUCGACAGAAUAACUUCAACCACGAGAGAAAUAACAGAACCACACCGUACACCAGGCCCAGAGAGUUACCAGACAAAUGGCAGCAUGAUAUGUUUGAGGAGCAUACUGGUGGACGCAGAGGACAACAGAGCGCCGUAGCAGAAAGAAGUGUAGAAUGUAACGGCAAGCUGCUGGUGUCCAAUCUGGACUUCGGCGUCUCUGACUCUGAUGUCAAGGAGUUGUUUGCAGAGUUUGGAGACUUGUUGAAGGCGUCUGUACACUACGACCGCUCUGGUCGCAGUAAAGGAACAGCAGAUGUUCACUUUGAAACUAACGCAGCAGCACUCAAAGCCAUGAAGCACUAUAACGGGGUCCCACUUGACGGCCGUCCUAUGAAAAUCCAGCAGCUGACCUCAGACAUCGACACACAGAGUCGACCAUUUACACAAAGUUCAAACGGAUUGUUUGACCGCAGCAGGCUUGGACAGCCCAAGUUUGAAAGGAGUGAUAGGAGUGACCGUGGUGAAAGGAGAGAAAGAAGGCAAGGUGGCGGUGGUGGCGGUUACAGAGGAGGACGGGGAGGCGGAGGAGGAGGAAGAGAAAAGAAACCUCAACUUUCUGCAGAGGAGCUUGAUGCCCAGUUGGAUGCAUACAAUGCCAAGAUGGACACCAGCUAAAGGUAGAAGCACCCAGAAAGGAUGCUGCUCCUGUGACCCUUUUUUUUCUAAAUGCUAAAGCUGGUUGAUCGGAUACGAUGUAUCGGACCUCAUUACACCUUUUUUUGUUGUGUUUUUAAGCCAUUUUAUUGUAUGGACCAUGAUAUUUUGGUGGUUUUAAUAUUUCUCAGUAUUUUUGUAGCCAUGUUUUCUGGAGCAGUUUUAUGUUUUGAUUUUGUUUUUAGGAGACCACCUCCUGUGCUCUUUUCGAAGUGUAUGUAGACCUGAGACAUAAUGUUUUAUUUUUCUUAAAUCACUGAAUCCUGAUUUGGUGGUCCCAAAGUCUGUUUAAUGUUAUGCGGAAAAAGCUUCUGUUCUGAAGUUCUGUCAUUUGGUACUGUAUACUUGACACAUGGACAUAUUUCAUAGGGUUUUGUACAUAAAUAAUUAUAUUGAA